AUUUGCUUUGACCGCAAAGAGGAAUUCAAGAUGGAUUUUGAAGUUUGGAGGGGAAAUUAACCUUAGCUUUUGAAAUUUCAUUAUGCUGUAACUUCUGGCUUAUACUUUAAACCGAUGGCUUGGCCGCACCACUUUGCACUUAUCUUCUGUGUAUUUUGCGUUAAAGAAAUGGCAGCUUUUGCAGCUCGAAAUGACUCGAUUAUGUUUUCCUCGAAUCGUGAAGUGUUUGUUGGAGAAGAUGCAAUCUUGGARUGGAAGGUUGACAAAAAAAUUGUCAAAAAUAUYGCAGAAAUAAAGUUUGGUGUCGUAACAAGACCCGCACUUCAUAGCGAAAGACUUGACGUGAUUCUUGUUAAGAAACUUACCAAAGGAACUAUUUCAUGGAAUUACCAAGCCCCUAAACACGUAGCGAAAUUUGUCAACCGAACGACUGUCUUGAAAAACAAAACUGCAGCUUUCAAAAUCAGUAAAAUGAGGUUGAAUGAUUCWAGCGAGUUUUACUGCACGGUGAAAAGAAUUGGCUCCUUAAACAACAUGAUAAAAGAUUAUGUAAACAUCAAGGUUAUAGAUGUGGAAAUCCUAAACAUGACUUCAAGCCAAGACAUCAUUUCAUGGAAACGUCAUAAAGUCCAUCUUCGSUGUAAUGUCCGUGUAGUUCCUGAUGGAAACAUCAGCUUCACGUGGAAGAAUAAAGCUACGGGGGGUACCACAGUCAAUCCCGACAUGCACCGCGAUGGCAAGACUGAUAGCUAUUURAAGAUACGAACAGUUCGCGAUGAAGAUUUUGGUCCAUAUGAAUGCAUCGCCAUGACACAAGCYACAGUACACUCACACGAAAUACGCAUCAAACGAUUAUUCGAGCCAUCAGCUCCCAAUAAUUUCAGCCAUCACCGCAAACUAACAGACAAUAACAACUGUACAGUGGUCGCACGAUUGGCGUGGAUGCGUCCUUUGGACGACGGAGGUGCACCUGUCACAAGUUACAGUGUCGAGUACAAACCAUUUGGCAGUGAAUGGCAUAAAGCAAACCGUCGCCAYGUURAUAGWAAUUAUAUAGAUAUAUGUAGACCACCACGUGACCGAGGAGGGGAUGGACUGCGCGUGCGUGUAAGAGCMAGGAACAAAGUUGGUAUGGGGGACCCGUCGCCUGGUACGAUAGUAACAUUUUGGGACGAGCCAACAGCUCCCCAAGAACUUCGUACYCAGCUCAUCCGCAACCUGGGUGAAGCCUUCAUUAAACUCACCUGGGGCUACCCACGUGAUGAUGGUGGAGUCAUUGUUUCCGCUUACCAGAUAGAAUACAAACCCGUGGGCUCAACCUGGAGUGUUGCUGCUCGGUCGGAAGAGACACUAGAGCAAGAAACAACUUUGUGGAAAACAUCGAAGAACGUUAAUUUGUACGAAGUCCGCAUACGUGCUAUAAAUGGAGUCGGUUUUGGUGAAUGGUCAAGUACUAUUAAUGCYGCAUUUGCAGAAGUUCCAUCAAGACCACUUGACAUUGGAGAUAAAGUAUUACCCCAYGCUCGAAAAACGUACCCUCACAUUCACGUCCACUGGAACCGACCGCUCGAUGACGGAGGUCUGCCUAUCAAAAGAUAUCGACUAGAGUACAAAAUUAUUUCACAAAGGGAAUGGAAACAAGCUAAGCACGUGUUUACGAAAGAUGAAAAGUAUGUCAUCAAACACGUGAAUAAGGAUCAAGAAUAUGAAGUCCGCGUUGCUGCUGAAAAUAAAAUGGGGACUGGGACAUGGUCGAAUGUUGUAACUGUUAAAUACAAAGAGAAACCUUACGUCGCACUUAAAGCUAGCUCAUAUGGAACAAGAAAGAUUGCAUGGCAAGAUCUCGUGAUGACUUUGGCCGUCAUUGCUUCGCUUUACUUACUAUAAAACACCAAUAUAAGGCUUUAUUGUUACAACAUGCACGUUGCGACAAGAACACCAAUAAACUGAUAUAUUCGUUAUCAUACCAUAUGAUAUCAUCUGUGUACGACAAAUUUCUUAGUAGAUCUUGCGCAAUGCGCUCAUUGAGCACGACAAAUUUCUUAGUAGAAUUGCAAUGGAACACAUUUCACUUCAGUUUAUAUUAUAAUGCAGAAAGCUACAGUAGUAUAACAACUGUACGAAAAUUCAAUCUAAUGAACGAUGUGAAAAAUUCCUUGAAAAAGAAAGAAAAAACUAUAACCGCAGUAAACCACGCUCACAGUAGUUAUAAAGGGCUUUCCUUUAGUACAUAUAGCGUAUUGAGCAUAUAUAAACGUCAUAUAUUCUAUUUAAACACUUUUAAUGCCAGCCGCUUACUGUAUAAGACUAUGUACUCUCAUAUAAUCAUGUGUAUGUGAAUAAAAGAUAUAUCACGUCUAYUGUUAAGUUAAUUAAAACUAUACGUUGUGUGUA